CGUCCACCGGAUUUCAGAAAUGUUUAAAUCAGUGGCGAGAAGUAGAAGCAAGAAAACCACAAAUCGGAGAACCUAAACCAAGGAAACAAAUACCAUGGAAUGAUGUAUCAUUAGUUCACCAUGAAUUACCGGUCAAAGAUUUUAAAGAAAGACGGAAUAUGCCAGAUUUCAAAUUAGCAACCCAAAGAAGAGCCAAAGAAAGAGAAGAUUGGGAACAAACUAAAGCUGUUAAAGAAAGAUAUGAACAACAAAUUAAAGAUCAAGAAGAAAUGAAAAGGUUAGAAAGAGAAAGAGAAGAAUAUAUUCAAAUGAGAAAAGAUCGAAUUGUGAAAGCUAAUCCAGUACCAGAUUAUUUAAAACGUUCAAAUUGAUUGAGAGAUAUACUUUUUUUCUUUCUUUCAUUAAGGAUUUUUUGGUGAUUGGGAUCUUGUAAAUCUUUUUUUCCAGAGUUUAUAUAGGUAUUUGAUGUAUCUUUUUAAUGGUUGUUGUGCAGUUAUAGUUUAUAAUUUGUUUGUUUCUUUUAGUUUCUUGACAUUAAUUCCACAAUUUUUCUUCGAUUUUUCUUUUUUGAUUUUCUCUUUUCCUUCUUCUCUCUUGUUUUCAAUGCAUUUUUAUUGUUUAGUGGAUUUGAACUAUUUGACACUUUCUGGGGUUUAGCUGAUUUAAUUUAAUUUUUUACAAGAUGUGUUGUUUGUUCAUUAU